CUAAAACUUCGUUGUAGAUUGAUGCGUUGUUGCAAUUGUUCUUCGAAAAAAGUUCUUAUGCAAAUUUGUCACUUUUGAUCGGAAAGAUUGGUUAAGAGUGUACGUUCAUAAACGUCUUUAACGUCCGGUUAUGAUGGAAAUUCGUAAUACAUUUAUCGUUAAAAAGUCGAAUAAUUUAGUAUUCAUGUCAUUCGUCAGAUCGCUCUUUACACUUGGAGCAUAGAUUAAUCCAAACAUCAGCAUAAGAUAUGGAUAACGUGAUUGGGAUAAUACAUGCGAUCUGCAAAGGAUUUGCAGAUAGUUUAAAAGGUGCAAUUGUUCUCUUUUAUAUGGAUAAACAAAUUAAUGAUAAAUUGAGUAGUAGACCACCUUCAAGAACAGAAACACAUAAAAAAGAUGCUUCUGUACAUAGUCCUGCAAAGCAUUGUAAUCAACAAAGAGAGUCUAAAGUGUUAAAACGGACAAUUCAAUGUUGCGCCCUAAACGGUGGUGUUUUUUGGGCGAGUAUUUUAAUUUUUGAAUGCGGACUUCUUCCGUUCCUUAAGUACUUAUUGACAAUUAUAUUUGGUCAUUCGCCUGGUAUGGGGGUGACAGUAUGGUCUUGGACAAAACCAUUUUUGUCUCUUACUUUUGGAACUGUGUGGGUGUUACCACUUUUUUUACUCAGCCGCAUAGUCAACAGUUUAUGGUUUCAGGAUAUAGCAGAUAGUGCUUAUAGAUAUAGACAAGGAAGGCCAUUACUUCUAUCCAGUGUAAGCAAAUUGGUAGCAGAUACUCUUUUCAGUAUAUUAGUGCAAGCUCUCUUUUUGGGACAAGGAAUGCUAGUAUCCAAAGUACCAUUACCUCCGCUAGGUGAUAUACUUGCCCUUGUACAUAUGUGCCUUUUAUAUGCUCUUUAUGCCUUUGAAUACAAGUGGUUCAAUAUGGGAUGGGAAUUGCAUAGACGACUGACUUUUAUCGAAGGCAAUUGGCCAUAUUUUGUGGGCUUUGGGUUACCAUUAGCAGUACUUACUCAACUGCCUAAUUCAUAUGUGAUAAGUGGCUGUGUUUUUUCUAUAUUAUUUCCACUUUUUAUUGUAAGUGGAAAUGAAGCAGAACCUGUAACUGGAGUUUGUGAUUGUCCAUUAAAACUGUUCUCUCCAGUAAUUGCCAUUGCCAAUACGCUUUUUAAUAAGACUAUUGGACCGGCUAAUAGGCGGUGACGAUCGAGAAAAGAUAUAAAUUCUAGUGUUUUUUCUGGAUUAAAUAUACAAUUGUGAUUUGAUUUUUUAACUUUUGAUGCUUUUUUGCAGACAUUAUUUAAGACUGUUCACUACUCCUGCUUUCUUAAUGGUUCAUGCCAUCAAUGAAAACAGGCAUAUAAUUCUUGACUGGUAUUACUAAACAAGGUCUUAUUUUAAAGACGAAGAUUUAAUCUACGGCGUCAUUCCUGGCCUGAAUUUUGAAGAAGCUUUAUUUUCUUUGAAAAAAAAUUGUGUUAAAAAUGGUAUUUUUCGUGAACAGUUUAAGCACAAAUAAAAACUUUUUUCAAAAAUUUGAAAUCAAUACGCCAUAGAUUAAACUUUCAUCUUCAAAAUGAAACCAUGUCCAUUAAAAAUGUUCAAGAAUUAUUUCUGUUCUCAUUGAUAGUAUAAAUGCUCUUUUCGACAUUUUUCUCAAACAAAAAGUUUGAUAUUGUGGUAUCCCACGAAAUUUGCGACAAAAGAAUAGUUAUACACGCUUGAAUGGUGUAUGUUUGAUAUCUCUAAAAUAGUGAUUGACUGCUUGAUUGUACGCAA